AUGGUAAAUGACCUAGAAGGAUGUGAUGCAAUCGUCGAUGAUUUGUUGAUAUGGGGUGAAAACAUUGAACAACAUGAUGAACGUUUGAAAAAAGUUCUUGACCGAGUACGAGAAUACAAUUUGAAAUUGAGCCCAGAUAAGUGCCGAUUCCGUCAAACCGAGCUAAGUUACGUCGGACAUAAACUGACAGAUCGAGGUGUAAAACCAGAUGACGAGAAAGGCCGGGCGGUCAAAGAAAUGUGUCAACCUGAAAACAAGAAAGAACUUCAAACAUUCCUAGGAUUUGUUACAUAUCUUGGUAAAUUCCUACCUAACCUCUCGGAGGAAAGUUCACCACUUCGGAAACUACUACUAAAAGACACCGAGUGGAUUUGGAAAAAAGGAACGGAUAGUUUCCAGAGAUUGAAACAAUUUGUGACUGAAGCACCAGUUCUCCGAUACUAUGAUCCAUGUAAAGAGAUAACGCUAACUGUUGAUGCUAGUUCUACAGGACUUGGAGCAGCAUUGAUCCAAGAUGGACAGCCGAUUGCCUAUGCCUCGCGUGCGUUAACAGAAACACAACAGAGGUACGCGCAAAUAGAAAAAGAAACAUUGGCAAUAGUAUUUGGAUGUACAAAAUAUCACCAAUUUAUAUUUGGUCGAGAGGUCACAAUCGAAUCGGAUCACAAACCGUUACAAGCGAUAUUCCGAAAACCACUCAACCGUGCUCCACCAAGACUACAAAGACUGUUGUUGACAUUACAGAAAUAUACUCUGAAUGUUGUGUAUAAGCCAGGGAAGACCAUGUAUCUUGCCGAUGCAUUGAGUCGGAGCUACCUAAAGGAGACCAGAGAGAACCUUGUUCCAGAUAUUGAUAUUGAAGUAAACCAGAUUGUGUCAUACUUACCAAUUUCACCAGAGAAAUAUCAAGAGUUCAAACGCGAGACCUCAAAAGAUGAAGCAUUGUCACAGCUCAGAGAAAUUAUCAUCAAGGGAUGGCCAGAGAACAAACAUGAAAUACCAGAGACAGCUCAUCAUUAUUGGCCAUUCAGAGACGAGCUAUCAUGUAUAGAUGGCCUACUGUUCAAGAGCCAUACUAUCAUUGUUCCCAAAACAUUACGUCGUGAAAUGCUCAAAACAAUCCAUAGUUCACACCUUGGAAUCGUAAAAUGCAAAUCGCGGGCACGCGAACUACUGUACUGGCCGGGGAUGAGUUCUGAAAUAGAGGACACAGUGUCAAAAUGUUCAACAUGUGCCACUAACUCUAGAAAAAAUCCAAAGGAGCCAUUAAUAAUGACGGGAAAUCCGAACAGGCCAUGGUCUGUUAUUUCCGCUGACAUAUUUGAAUUUCAAGGACAUAACUAUUUAGUCACGAUUGACCAUUAUUCAAAGUGGCCGGAGUUGUCCAAAUUAGACAAUAUGGGUAGUAAGAACACUAUGUUAUAUCUCAAAAGCCAAAUGUCGAGAUAUGGCAUCCCUGACAAGCUCAUUACAGACAACGGUCCACAGUUUGCUAAUGAGGAAUUCAAGAAAUUCUCAAAGACAUAUGGAUUCGAACAUACAACAUCAAGUCCCAGAUAUCCGCAGGCGAACGGACAAGCUGAAAGAACUGUGCAGACAGUGAAAAACAUAUUAAAGAAAUCUGAGGAUCCAUAUAAAGGCUUGUUAGCUUAUAGAAACACAGUCAUUGAAGAUCUAGGACUUUCACUAGCUCAAAUGUUUUUUGGUCGAAGAUUAAAAACAGAUAUACCAACAACAGCUCCACUGUUGUCACCUGAUAAAAUUCCAACAUCUGAUAUCAAGAUGAGACUGAAAAUCAGAAAGGAAAAAGCCAAAAUGUACUAUGAUCAGCAUGCAGGUAAAGAAUUACCUCCCUUGGACAACGGUGAAACUGUCAUGUUUCAGAAGAAUGAAAAAUGGAUACCGGCCAAAGUUGUUGCGAAACAUUCAAAUCCAAGAUCUUACAUUGUCGAAACUAGAAAAGGAAAGAAAUACAGGAGGAACCGAAAGGAUAUCAAACCAACACGUGCGUCGUUUCCUGAAAACAAUGAAACCGUGUCACGAUCGGUCAACAUACCUGUAGAUAGAGUUCCCAGGAAGGAAAAGUCUAAAGAUUAUGUAAAAGAACCAAUAGCAAUAAGAUGUGGCCGCAGUGUAAAAUUACCAAAGAAAUUCCAGUAA